AUGUCUUCGCCCACUGGAGAAUCAGAAUCACAGAUCAUUGUUAGUAGAAGCAGUAGUAGUGAAAGAGGUGGAAGGGGUGGCGAUGGUAAUGUCAAUGAUAAUAAUGUAGUGCCAAUGGAUGCUGUUGUUCCAUCAGAAAAAGCGGAUGUAGCUUCAAGCUCGGGCGGGGGAAGAGAAGGUGUAACGGAUGAAAGAGUUAUCGCUGUUACCUCAGCAAAAGCCGAAACGAGUGAAUCAGGUGCUCGAGGAGGUAGCAAUUCGGAAAGUGGGAGAGCUGCCACAUCAACUGCUGUCGCUCCUGAAAGUCCAGGGAAAUCGAAGCUCAUUAUUGACCGGGAAAAGACAUGUCCAUUUUUACUUCGAAUCUUUUGUCAGGAGGGAGCACAUCACAAAAUUGAAAAGUACACAAAUGACGAACAACCAGUGCAGGAUGAAGUACAAAUAUAUACAUGGAAAGAUGCGACACUCAAAGAACUGGCCAACUUAAUUAAAUCAAUUAAACCAGAAGCACAACGAAUUAACGCACGAAUCUCUUUCAAACUUGUAUACCAGGACCAAUUACGGAAUUGUUACAUGUUCAAAUAUCUAGGACUGGUAAUGAACUCGCGUAGUACCGUUGAAGAAAACACUAAUCUCGAUGACGCCCGAUUCGUCAUUGGUGAUUUUUUAGACGUAGCCGUGUUCUACGGAAUCGCGCCGCCACCACCACAACGAAGCCUUGAACGACGCUCGAGAGGAGGACGCGAUGCUCGAGAACGUAGGGAUCGUGAAAGGGCUGCUGAUCGGGAUAGAAAUGGUGUUAGAAUUACUGAUCGAGAUCGAGAUCGUGGAGGACGAGAGGGUGGCAGAUCGUCGUUUAGAGAUAGACGGAGAUAG